CAUCAUAAUGUUAGAAGUAAAAUCAAAGAAAUGAAAUGAAGUUGCUUAAGUUGGGAACAAAGAAGAAAACCACGAAACUUCGAGUUUUAAAUAUGUAAUUACAAGUAUUACUACUGUGUAAUUUACAAGUAACAUGAACUUAUAAUUUCUAUAUAUAAAAUUUACAUCUUUUCAAGGAAGUUUCACAUUCAAAUUGAUUGACAAUCAAUAUUAGACACGAGUUCGUUACCGAUGCUCAUUUGUUGAUGGAGAGGAAUAAUCGAGGCAAGUGAAUCGCUAAUUAGAUCACUUUGUGCAUAAGUAAGCUAUGGCUUUGACAGGGUGAUUAAUUAAUUGUUGUCCGCGCACGUUUCAGGUACAGCUUUUAAACAAAGCUGCACUUUUUCUAUCUUUUUCUGCCGUUUUUCUGGCAAAAUUGUAAUUGCGCUUUAUCAAAACGCUCUUGUCGUCCAUUGAAUUACUUCUCUUAAUUCGUCUUGUGCAGAUCGUUAAACUUCGUCAUUAGCUGUAUUAGCAUACGAAUGGAUUGAAGUUGGCUGUCUCCCGAUUUCUCUUAACGUAAGAGAAAUCCGCUACGCGGUAAUCAAGUUUUAAUGAGGUAAUACUGUGAUACAUAAUGCGAGUUUUUAAAAAAAUUAUUAAUAUGAAAGAGCUUGUAACGAAAGUGCGUGUUUGAUUGAAAUUUAUUGCGUUAAAAUUUGUAUAUUCGAUUAAUUUGUAAUUCUACUAUAAAUCUCAUUUGAUACACGAAUGUCGAAUAUGGAUGAAAACCAGAGAUAAGACGCAGAGAAUUCAAAUAAUGCAGAAAUUUUCGCGUUCACGUGAUAAUAUUUAAAAUUUUAAUAAAUCGACUAAAUAAAAUCACGUUUCUUCUCAUAUACGGUGAAGCGUUACAUUUAAUUUGAUACCGUGGCGAUCCGUGGCGACUGUUUGUUAAACAACUAUUAAAACAUUUUGAUGAAAUGCGGGAUUACAUUAUAAAUAUAAUAUUAUAUCAUGUUACAUUUUGUACGGUCGCGACGGGUGUUAUUUAGUCACAGUGUUCUUGCAUUACAUUAUCAUAACCAAGCUUCAUUGUCAAUCUCUUUAUAAAGUAUCAUCGAUUUCCGAUAUUCCCUAUGAGAAACCGAUGGUUGUGUCGGUUUACGAUAAAAACAACAUGACUCUUGUAAUUAAAAGUGAUCAUCGAUUAUCUCCCACGCUAUCUCGAGUAUCAUCCGCCUUUUCAGGAUACAGGCAUCAUCGAGAUCGCGAUGUCUCUCUACAUCAACUACUUUACUACCCGGUAGCGGUCUAUCGAAAAAAAAAAGUUUGUGUGUGUGUAUCUUUUGCAGGUCGGCCAGGCCCUUGCCAUGCGAUGUCGUUGCAGAGUCCCAGACUUCGACAUUACAGAACCAUGACAGCGAUCUGCUUCGUGUGCAACCUGCCGAUCCUGAGCCAUCAGGUCGGCCUGAUAUGGCAGGGUGGCAAUGGCUGGGACGACCUAGUGCGAGAGCAAGUGGAGGAGUCCACUUUGAGGCAACGACUGGGUACAGGCAGACGAGACUCCGCGGCACAGAUCACAUCGAUCUCUCCACCGAACGAGACUCAGGAUUGCUCGCCGACGAACCAGCGCCGUCGACGAUCGAGCCUCGCUCAACUGACCGACAUCCUGCGCGAAUGGGGUGGCGGCGGUACCUCGACGAAAAGCAGCCGCGGCAACAAGCUCUGCCGAAGGGAGACCCUGGCGGACAUCGCGAAAUCGUUACCGUGGUCGCGGCAAACCACCACGGAUACCAGCCACCUCGCCAGCCUGCGAAAGAGGCGGGAGAGCUCGGUCGACAGCGGCAUCCGGAGCCAAAUGUCGAACAAAUCCAGACGGGACUCCGCCAUCAGUGACCUCAAAAAUGACAUAGCCAGACUCUGGAGCAGGAAAGACACGCUGCUGCAGCCGCAGCCGCCGCCCACGGUCAUCUCGCCCACGCCGCGCCGAGGCUCGGGCGAAUCGAGAUACUCUCGCCGUGGUUCGGGCGAGAGCGCGAGGUCCAGGAGGGACUCGGUGAUCGCAGGGCAAUCUCAAAGUUCCGGCGAGCGUAAGCACAAUUGUCGUCACCAUAGACGUAGACAAUCUCAACAGUCCAUCGAUGGAGGUGGCAUCACGCCUACGAAAUAUUACAGAAACGAUCAAAGACCGAGCGCUUCCAGCACAGACAGCGCGGCCAGUAAUGCGGUUCGAGAACAUUUGGAGGCUCAGAGGAGUUCUACGGAGAAAAGCGAGAGAUCGAGUAGUAUCGAAGCUAAGACAGGUCCCACCAUGAUUGACGCAAAGACAAUGAUGACGGCAACGACCUUAACCGUCAAUGGGAAAGCACCCGUUGUCACCACGACAAUGACCGAAUUGAGAACAACGACGGUGUCGAUGAACACCUCGCCAGUGAUGUCCACUUUGUCGACUUUAACCGUCGAUACGAAGAUUGAAAAUAAAUCAGGUGCCAUCCUAGACACAUCCGUGAACCCACCGACUAUCGUUAUGUCCUCGGUAACGCCACCGGCGAUCUCACCGACGGCCGGAAGCAAUCUUCCGCUUCCCGGCACCUCGACUUCCGGUAGCUCCAGCCCGGUCGGCUCCCCGAAUGUCAACAGCACUCCUACGCACCCGUUACUUUCCACCCGAAGAGACUCGACCACGCAGGUAUCGGCUACCUAUCGGCAGUGUAAUUUCAAGAAUAGAGAAGUCUCGUCGAAUAAAUUGUCGAGGCUGACACGCCAGCAGGCAGCAAUUGAUGAAUCGAUGCCGCCUGCGGGACGUCGUGGUAGCCAGCCAACUUUAUCACCGGAUCCUGGGGAUGACGGGGGUCGGAAAGCACGGAGGGAUUCCUUGAGUCCGGAUUCUGCUUCCUACCUGCGACGUCGCGACUCGAAAAGUCAUCUGAGUCCUGACAGGAACGUCGAUAAGAGAGAUAUCAGCCCUAUCAGACAGAGAAAAGGUCGAUUAAGAAGACAAUCCACCUCUAUGGCUGGUCGGCCACCGAGAUCACCCGACAGUUCCUCAUGUUCAUCCAGAGAGCCCAGUCCUUGCGCUCGUGCCCCCAGUGGUAUCCACCCUGCGCCAAUAAUACGACGGCAAUCUACUACGGAGGAAAUCCUGAUAGCGCGCGGUUUUCGACGGCAAAGCACCACCGAGGAGAUGAUACGAUGCCGUAAUUUUAGGCGACAGAGCUCUCAGAGCGACGACACGGUUCAGAGAUCUCGUGGACGUAGAGAUAGUUCAGCUCAAAUCACGGAUGGUACUUUCGCCUCGAUGACAGUUGAAACGUCCAGUACUUUAUUUGACAGCAGUACCCAGACUGAACCGUCGCCGUUGUACGACAACAACCACUAUCACGAGGAGUGCCUAAAAUGUAACAGCUGCGGCCUGAAUCUCACGGGACCCAAUCAAAAGCGGGCGAGACGAUUCAAGAAUCAGAUACUCUGCGAUCUGCACUUUGCCGACGUGGCGCUGAUGGAGUGCUCGGACUUCAUGCAGCAGUUGCGCAGCUUCAAACCACAAAGUUUAGGCUGCGCAGUUGCGAGAAGAAAAUCCUCGACUACCCUGAUCUUCCCGCUGCCCCCUCAGGCAUGCUCCGAUGAGUUCUGUCAAGAGUUUCCGCACAACCUGAUACCAACACCCGGCUACUGGAUCGAAUGUUCACGGCAACAGAUCACUUCGGACACGAUCUGGGACGAGAGUGAGAGCGAGGCUACCGAUCCCGAGCAGGUGGAGGAACAAAACGCGGAGGAUACACGUUCUUCGAUACUGAAACGGCAAGACAACAGUUGCCUGUUCGAAGCGGAGAAUGAAGGCGACGGUGACGACCCGCCUCGAAAGAAGACCACCAUUGAAGAGCAAUGGGAAAAGAAUCAGGGUUUCGAGCUCACCUCGGUCGAGCAGGAGACCUACGAGAAAUAUUUCUACGGUUCGGAGCAUUGGAACUACUUUACGAACGACGAGGAUCUCGGGCCGGUGAUACUUAGCAUCAAACAAGAGACACUCAACAGCCGCGAUCAAUUUAGGAUUUUGGUCAGAGCCAUUAGUUACACGGUCCACGGCCUUAUCCCUGCCAGUUGCGUCUUUGCUGAUCGAUAUAAUCGAGAAGAAGUGGUACGUAGCCUCGGCAAGGAGGUGAACAUCAAUCCGCCGCUAACCCUGGGCCAAUUGCCAGAUACGCCCGAAGAACUUUUGAAGCUCGAUCAAGUUUUUAUCAAGUCUGAGCUGAAGGUCGGGGUGAUUUAUGUCCAGGAAGGUCAGUACAGCGAGGAGGAGAUACUCGAUAACAACGACAACUCGUCGCUCUUUGAGGAAUUCCUACAGAUUCUCGGGGACAAGAUCAGGUUAAAGGGAUUUGACAAGUACAAAGGUGGUCUCGACACCGUACACGAUUUGACGGGCCUAUAUUCUGUCUACACUAAUUGGAGGGGUAUUGAAAUAAUGUUCCACGUGUCCACCUUAUUGCCUUACGAAAAACACGACCCUCAAAAGCUUCAGAGAAAAAGGCAUAUUGGCAACGAUAUAGUGUGCGUCGUAUUUUUGGAAGCCGACAACACGAGCUUCAGUCCAGCUUGCAUCAAGUCGCACUUUUUACAUACAUUUAUUUUAGUGCGAGUGAGUCCACGUAUAAAGCGGAAAAUCACGAGAUACGAGGUGUCCGUAGUUACGAGAGAUGAAGUUGGGGCCUACAAACCAUAUCUGUGGGAGCAAAGCGUUUUCGAAAAAGGUCCGAUGUUCCGGGAAUGGAUAUUAACGAAAAUCGUGAAUGGCGAGAGGGCGAGCUAUUCCGCGCCGAAAUUCGCGAGAAUGCAGGAGAGGACGAGAAGUCAAAUGUUGGAGGACAUCGUCGCGAAUCUCGCUAAUCACGCGGAAACCGGGCAGAUUCCGAAACCGUACAGUCUUCCUCUUUUCUACCUUGAAUUUAUCCUCGAAGAUACCUAUACUGGUUCUGAUGUGUUUAGGCCCAAAAGUGUCCCGUCAUCGCCGAUGGUGAAACGGGCCUUCUCACGAUUGGGCACGAUCACGGCAGGAUGGGGAAGGAGCAUUAGAAAACACGGCGGAGGAAAUACUCUGCAAAGCGAGGAUCGAAAACGAUGGGCCAGCUCGCAAGAUUGCAGUAAUAAGGAAGCGAAGGAUAAGGACAAAGCAGCCCAAUCAUUGGCAGUGCCGCGACUCAGCGUUUGUGCGGACGCGCAAAAAGUAGAUAAAGCCAAGUUGGCGCAGACCGAGUUCGACAUCAUCGAGUUCGAUCCAGAAACAUUCCGAAUUCUGUUGGAUUAUCUUCAUACCGGAUCCUGUCCAUUGACAUGCAGCAAUAUACCUGGUCUGAUAUGCGCCGCAGAACACUACGACCUGCCGGAACUUCUUCAAGCUUGUUUCCACCAUGCCAAGCAGUUUCUCAGAAUCGAGAUAGUUUGCGUGAUGUUGUGCGCACUCGAGAAUUACUACUGGCGUUACACGUCCGCCUCGGAAUUGGUCAACAUGAUCCUCGCGUUCAUCGAACCGAGGGCUUAUCAGCUCUUCGACAACCCGGACUUUCUCACUCUGAGCGAAUCGAUGGUGCAGAUGAUCAUGUGCCGUAGUCUCGAGGUGGGGGAAAUCAAGAAGUUCGAGGCGAUGCUGAGCUGGGCGAAGAACAGAAUCAAAACUAAAUCAACCAAGCUCGACGCUAAAGUGGAGUUCAAGUGUAUCAUGGAGAGGCUCAGUAGGGACCUCAAGUUAUAUAGGAUAACACCUCAUGAAUUAAUCAGGAUCGUGUUACCAUCGAAAGCUAUAAGGAACGAACGUAUUCUUGAAACUCUGAUGUUCCAAGCAAAUUCCGGAAUAUAUAGAAAUGUCGAUAGUUAUUUGGAAGCGUACCAGAAGAAAAUUCAAAAUCAAGAAAGCUUCGAUUGCGGACUAUGAAAGUCAACGAAGCCACGAGAGGUGCCGCAAGGAUGAUGUGUACCUGAAAAUAUUGAUAAUUAACCGAUGAUUCUCCAAUGAUUCGAAAAUUAUUCUCUUACAACUUUGCUGCGCCCAAAUCGUGUUAUCGGAUAAUUGUACUCGAAUAGUCGUAAUCUUUUCGCGAUAUUGAUUUAAAAUUAGAGCAUUUCGACUGCUACCGCGAUAUUCGAUACGUAGAAGUCGAUAAUUACAUUGCGGGGUCUGACAAGAGUUGACGAUGAUAGAUUGCUUUGAGAUUAUGCAAGGUCACUGCUGAGCCACUUGAUGAAUAAUGUGUUUAGACGCAAUCUUGGCUUCAUUCGCGCAAACUUUAUUUUAUACUCGUGCAGUAAUAUCAAUAACACUGAUGGCAUAUCGAGGGAUGUUAUCCUUACUUUGUUAAUCAUCAAAGUAAAUCAUCUGUGGAGAGAAUAAUGCUACAAAGUUGAUAUUAAAACAGAUAUAGAGAAUUAUUGAAAGCUUUUUUAAAAGCUUUAUUUUAAAAAUCCGAAAAAUUUA